AUGGCUCUGGCCAGGGGAGUCGUUGCCUGGCUGGUACUGGUGGCCUUGGGCUUGCUGGACAGCAGAUGCCAAGCAGAACGGGACUGCCGCGUGAGCAGCUUCAAAGUCCAGCUGGACUUUGACAAACAGCAGUAUGCUGGUACGUGGUAUGCCAUGGCCAAGAAAGAUCCUGAAGGAUUGUUUCUUCAAGACAACAUAGUAGCCCAGUUUUUUGUUAAUGAACAUGAAAAGAUGCAGGCAAGGGCUGUGGGCAGAGUGCGGCUCUUUGGUCAAUGGGAUAUAUGUGCUGACAUGGUUGGCACUUUCAAUGAGACUGAGGAUUCUGCCAAGUUCAAGAUGAGAUAUUGGGGUAUGGCAGCCUAUCUCGACAGAGGAAAUGACGAUCACUGGAUAAUUGCCACAGAUUAUCAUACAUACGCCCUGCACUACAGCUGCCGUGUACUCAACGAGGAUGGCACUUGUGCUGACAGCUACUCUUUUGUCUUCUCUCGGGACCCACAUGGGCUGCCUCCAGAAGCACAAAGGAUCAUCAGACAGAAGCAGAAGGAGCUCUGCUUAGAAAGGCAAUACAGGGUUAUUGUUCAUAAUGGAUUCUGUGACAGCGCAAUAUAUGGAACAACCUAAUCCAUGGAAACCACUUUGCAGUUGUAAAAUUUAUCAACUAUACUGUUUUGUCCGAAGUCCUUCUUUUAGCUCUGAGUAUAUUUAUCUAAACUGUGCCUUUUACCCUGCCUAGAAGUAAGAGAUACUUAAUAAACAGAAAUUAGCCUUGCUGC